AUGAAAUCCAACCGGCGUGAUAUUUUGCAACAUCCUGAGUGUUAUAGCAGUCAUCAGGAUGUCGUCGACUGGAAUUUUGUAAAGGACCAAGUCGCCCCAUGGCCAGAACUGAGACAACAGUUGGACGAUGUCCUGGACUCCAGUAAUGUUGUCAACUAUAGGCGCCAUGACUGCUCCUAUAUAUUGACGCAGGCGACUCUGAGGGCCUACUAUGGUGUGGAUUGGUCCCUGCCCCAGGACACAGACUAUCUGGUUCCCGGGGUGCCCGGUAGACUGAGUUAUGUGCAGUGUGUCGUCGACAUUCUCCUCAGGUUGAGAAACGGCUUGGCACUCCGCGGUGUACAGGAAACCCAUAAUUUAGGGGAAGAGAAUCCGGGCUCGGAGGUUGUAACGGAAUUCGGGAUGCCGCGGCAGUCUCUGAGGAAGCGUCCACACCCGAACGAUUUCAAUAUGAAACGGUUCAAAGCUGGGUCGGUGGACGCUGCGGGGUCGGUGGACGCUGCGGGGUCGGUGGACGCUGCGGGGUCGGUGGACGCUGCGGGGUCGGUGGACGCUGCGGGGUCGGUGGACGCUGCGGGGUCGGUGGACGCUGCGGAGUCGGCGGGGGUUGAGCGUGUUGGAGUGGUUGAGCGUGUUGGAGUGGUUGAGCGUGUUGGAGUUCUUUUGGAUGUACGACGCCGUGAAUUAUAUAGGACAUACUUGAGUAGCUUACGGUGGUUAGAUGUGGGUACGGGGGCUAGUGCAAUCUACGCGAUCUUGCUUAAGAAGCAUUAUGACGUAGCAGAAGUGCUGGUGAGUGAGACUGACCUGAGUGCACUGGUGGCAGCUGAGGAACUUUUGAGGCGAAAUGACUUGGCGGUGACCAAAGUCAGUCCCACGACUCCACGUAACAUCCUCGUCGGCAUUCCUCCUGACACGUACGAUGCUGUAUUAUGCAACCCACCCUUCUAUCCCGACUUGGACACGGCGCAACAAAAGACUCGACCCGGAAUGAGUAGGAAUGGUUCUGAAGCCGAACUCGUGUACCAUCAAGGGGGCGCUCUGGCCUUCAUCAAACGAAUGAUCAAUGAAAGCAAAUACCUUCAUGAAUGCUCCACUGCAAGCUCCACCCACAGCAGUGCUAACACCACCGGAAAUGAUAGAGCUAUCGGAAGUGGUAGUGGUGCCACCGGAAAUGGUAAUAACGUGGAGAAGCAUGGCCUGAAAGAAUGCCUGGACGAACACGGUGACGAAGUCUCCAAUGACAGAAAGCCUGGUGGUGGGGUAGAAUCGAUCUGCAGCGAACCGUCCUUCAAUGAGUUUGUGGAUGCGGAAGGCGAAAGAAUAAUUGUGAAGACCGGCGACUGGUCCAGAAGACGCCAUUCCGGAGGACGGCAGCAGGCCGUUGCCGAAGCGACGAAACCUCCGACCCAAACUGGCCUACACCCGUGUCCCCUGUACACGGCAUUGGUUUACUCGAAGGACUUGUUGAAACAUCUGGAAGCUUAUCUGCAUCUGGAGAAGGCACCCUUCCAGCAGACAGUCUGCUUCUGCCCUGGGAAGCAGAGUCGAUGGGUCAUCGCCUGGCAUUGGUAG